GGUGACCACUGCACCGAGGCAGGGACCGUGUCCGCUUUGCUGCAAAGCCAGGGCCUUAUGCGUUGCGGUGGGAGACGACGUCCCGCAGAUACGUGCUUAAAGACUAAAGUAACACAUGGAAGGUAGGCGGGCCGGGCAACGGGAGAGGAAGAGAGGGGCCACAGAGGCAGUCCACGAAGUAUAGAGAAGUGAACCCAACCCAUAGUGAGAGGAACAUAACAGCAGCCCCCACUGAACGGGCGCUUGCAUGCGCCAGGUCCUCAGCAGGCAUUCUCCAUUGCUAGCGCAAUUGCUUCCCACAGCGGCUUUACCUAAGCACUGUUACUAUUGUCAUUUUACAUCUGAGGAAACACCCAGAAAGACUGGAGGCCUGCCCAAGGUCACCCAAGUAGUAAUUUGGGAUCUGAAGUUGUGCUGCUGUUUUCCCGGGGCCCCUGUCUUCCAAAGAGGAUUCAGAAAGAUUUCUGCUGGUAGCAACAUGGCUGAGUUCGCGUGUGGCCCCUGCCCUCAAGGCGCCCACUUGGGCGCACAGGGUCUGUCUAUUUAACGCCAGUGUCAGCACGUUAGAAUUGGAUGUCACACUCAACCCCUGAACCAGUCAGACAGGUGAAAGGGGCGCGAGAGCAACCGCUUGCAACAUGACCCUGCCUCAUGGGAAGGAGGGGGUCUUCUCCCACCAUGACGAGGAGUUGUUUCAGAUGCCUAUUUUGUGUUUUAAUUUGAGGGUUUGGUUGGGUUUUGCACCAGGGGAGGGAAAGGAGAGCAGGGUGAGGGGCGCAGCCUGGGCCUGGGAGCCUGCUUCCAGGGGGCUGUUUCCCUCAAGUGCAGGGGCGGGAGGGGAUCAGAAGACCGGACGGGAGGUCAGUGUGACUCAGGCCGGCUGGUAGAUAAGAGAAGCAGGGACUGGAGAUGAUCACGCAGGAGGAAGUCCUUUGAAAAGGUUUUUGUUAAGUAGCAGUUAGAGCCCUGAGGUUCGCCCGUCCGGUGUGCCACCUUCCAAGUUCCCAGCUCGCCCAGCAUCCCUGUUAGAGCCAGUGGCUCAGGACAGGCCUGAGGGCCUCUCACUUCCACCAGUCCUGGCCACCAACCAGUGUGACGGAGUGACGGGUCUCCUUUCCUGUGAGGAAUUCUAGUUCUUACUCAGAACUGGUCCAUAGGAGAAGUGGGCAGACACCCAGUUUCCAGCUCUAGAGCCAGCUGCCUCUGAGCCAUCUCUGCUUCCUGCCAGCGACUUAGCAAGAGCCAGGAAAAGUGGCAGACAUGCUGGCCAACCGAUUACGAUUAAAAGAAGGCUUAGGAGGAGCAGCUGAAGCCGGAGAGGUUCCUGUGACAACGGCUGUCCGCACCUCAGAGUCCACCCCUCUGCAGGGAACUUCCAGCAGCCAGGACAGAGAUAAAGAGCAAAGCAGCAACCUCUUUUCUGUGUUAGCGGGACUCCUCUCCGUCUUCCUGGUCAUCGCGAUUUUCUGCAUCCUGUGGAGCUGGAGUAAACGGAAGAAGUGGCGAGCUCCUUACCUCCGAGUUACUGUCAUGCCCUCUCUGACGCGGCCUCGAUCCAGACAACGAGCCAAAAAUAUUUAUGACCCCUUGCCCCGCAGGCAAGAAGAGCCUGGGAGACAACAGUCAAGGAGUAUGCGUAUCUUCAGCACCGAGAGCCUCCUCUCCAGAAAUUCCGACAGCCCUCCCUCUGAGCACGUGCCCUCCCAAGCAGGCAAUACCUUGAGGGUGCACAGAGCCCAUACUUAUGCCCUGGGGUAUGCGGUGAGUAUCUAUGACAAUGCCAUGAGACCCCACAUAGGUGGCGACCUCACUCCCUCGGCACACUACAUCAAUGUCGGAGCGUCCAGAGAUUGCCCGAGCAUUUCUUCAGAGGAUUCGAGAGAUUAUGUCAACGUCCCCACAGCAAAAGAGACUGCUGAGACUCCAGCUUCUACCCACAGCCCUCCUGGGCACCUCUUGGACCCCCCACGUGCCCAGGAGCUGGAGUUUACUGAGGAAAGAGAUGAGGGCUGUGGGAACGCCAGUGACUGCACCGGUUUUUGGUCUCCAGGAACCGAGACCAGUGAACUACUCAGCGACGGGGAAACUUCUUCUCAGUCCUCAAAUGACUACGUCAACAUGACAGGGUUGGAUCUCGGGGCCAUCCAGGGGAAGCGGCCCUGGGUGGCUUUUCAGUGCUGCAGAGAUUAUGAAAAUGUCCCGCCAGCAGAUCCCAAUGGAAACCAGAAGCAGGUAGAGGAAGAAGUGACGUCCUCAACCACAGACCGUGUAGAAGGCAGGCCAGAAGGUCCAGGGACCCACAUCCAACAUGUCAUGCAGCCAAGGAGGUUAUUGGCUUUAGAGGGUUACGUAGCCUGUCAGUCACCUGCACAGAGGGAGAUCAGUCAGAUCCAAUGUGGAGAAGAGAUGUCAAAUGAGGACGCUAAAGACUACGAGAAUGUGCCGGCUGCCAAGUUAGGAGGCGGGAACUCCGAACAGGGGCCUGACACACGGCUCCUUCCCGAUGAAUUAAGACCCAGCCGCCCAGCUGGAAAGCCGCGCGGAGUGGUCUAUCCUGCUAGAUCUAUAGCCACUCCAGGGUCUAGUGAAGACCCUUGAUCGUCCUUGUAUUUCAGUGGAUUUGUUUGGUUAGGCUAAAAAGAGGCUGAGAUAAGUAGAGAGCUAAGAGGCUCACAAAAGCAGGGGUUGGGAAAGGCAGAAAGGAAUUCUUCUCAAGCAGGGCGCUCUGAUCUCUCUUACCAACCUAAGAAUGUUUGCUGAAGCUGCCUGCUAGGACUGUUAGGAGAUUAAAACUUGGAGAGUACUUUAGUGCACGGUGGAAGCAUGAGCUAGUCUAAAAUCAUCACCUUCACUCACACCAGCAGGCUGCGGAGAAGAAUGCAGAUUGUUUUGUAAUCCGUGCAGAGGCCCAAAGGAAGAAGAAGUGGGGAUAAGGAUGGAGAGACAGUUUCCACUUUAAAAAGAGUGUGGACAACCAAAUCCUGGAGAAGACGUGGAACAGCAGACUCUCGUUCAUUGCUGAGGGGAUUGCAAAGCAAAACAUCCACUUUGGAAAACUGUUGGGCAGUUUCUUAUAAACACACACUUAUUGUGCAACACAGCCAUUCCACUACUGGGUAUUUACCCAAGUGAAUGGAAAACUUGUGUUCACACGAAAACCCUUACAUGACUGUUUAUAGAAGCUCUGUUCAUAAUUGCCGAACCCCAGAAAUAACCCAGAUAUCCUUCACAGGUGAAUGGAUAAAUAGACUGGUGGAUUCAUACGAUGAGUUUAUCCAUAUUCAACAGUAAAAAGGAAUGAAGGUUUGGUUUAUGCAACAACAUGGACAAAUCUUAAAGGCAUUUUGUUAAGUGAAAGAAGCUAGACCUAGAAGUCUACCUAUUGUAUGACUCCAUUUAUAUGACAUUGUGGAACUGAAACUACAGGGAUGGAAAACAGAUCAGUGGUUGGCAGGUUUGGGGAAAAGGGAGAGCUUUACAACGAAGGAGCUGCACACAGAAAUUUUUAGGAUAAUGGAGCUGUUCUGAUUGGAACUGUGGGGGUGGAUACAUGACUCUGUGCAUUUGUCAAAACACAAAAAACUGUAUAACACAGAGUGACUUUAAUUGUAUGCAAAUUUUGAAAAAUUAACCAGGCUAUCAGGGGAACCCAUGGUGGAAUGCAGAUUGUGACAGAUGAAUCUAACUGUAUUACAAAUAUAUGACAUAAUCCCACGGAAGGGGAUGGGGGGAAAGGAGCUGGCCUAAUUAACUUUGGAAAAUAAUGUUUUUACUUGAAACUAAGAUAAAGACACAAAGAAUGGAACACAAA